AUGGGGGAGGCCAGGGGGGCGGCGGCGAGAGCUGGGGUGGCGGCGGGGCUCGUGCUGGGAGCUGGCGCGUGCUAUUGUGUUUACAGGCUGGCCAGGAGCAGGAGGGCGGGAGCCGCAGCCGGGACAGAAGGAGCCGCUAGCGCUAGGGAUGGGUCAGCCCCAGGGGGCGGUUUGCUGCCUCGGGUGUCCGGGCUUUCUGUCCUUUCCAGCCUUGCCUGGGGGGGACCCUCCAACCUCCAGUCAGACACCGAUCUUCCAAAAUCACCCAGUAACCUGGAUGCCCAUCAUCUACAGAAACUUAUUCAUUUGCUUGAGCUCACAGAUGAUCCGUUAAUUCAAGAACAAGCCUUGGUCACUCUGAGCAACAGUGCUGCAUUCUCUGUAAAUCAAGAUAUAAUUCGAAAUUUGGAUGGCCUUUCUGUUAUUGGAAAGAUGCUCUCAAAUUCCAUUCCCAAAGUUAAAGAAAAAGCAAUAAACACACUUAAUAACUUGAGUAUGAAUGUUAAAAAUCAAGAAGAGAUAAAGGUAUACAUUUUACAAGUCUGUAAGGAGAUUGAGUUAUCACCUUUGAACUCUGAUCUGCAGCUAGCUGAACUUAGAUUAUUAACAAAUAUGUCUGUUACCAAUGACUACCACCAUAUGAUGACAAAUGCAAUUCCGUGCUUUCUUCAUUUGCUUUCAGAAGGAAAUGAAAGGACACAGAUUCAAGUUCUGAAAGUACUUGUGAAUUUAUCUGCAAACCCAGCCAUGACAAGACAUCUUUUCAGUGCUCAAGCACCAUCAUUACUUUCACUUUUUGACAACUGCAUAAACAAAGAGAUUCUACUUAGAGCCCUGAUGUUUGCCGCAAAUUUGAAUGAGAAUAUGAAAAAUGAAGAGGGCAUCAUUACCCAGGAUCAGUACAGUGAAGAUUCAGUUUUUUCUCUGCUCUGUGGGCAUUCUACCCAAUAUACUAAGAAACUGGUAUGUUUAUUGCAUCACCAUGAUACAGAAGUGAAAGAACAAGUUGCCAAAAUAAUAACACAACUAAGAGGAGAUACUAAGACCAGAUGCUCUGGUAAAUUACAGUAAUAGAAAGUGUUUAUAUUCAAUGCUAAAAUGAAUUUCCUUUGAUGAAAGAGUGAAGUUUAACCCACUGCUCUUAUUUUGCUGAGCACCAUUACAUUACUGUAAGCAAGACAGCUUACAAUGCAUUUAAUACACAGUGUGUAAGAGAUUCUCUUUCAGAGUAAUGUAAAACAAUGGUCUGUUUAGUACUGACAGUCUUCUACACGAAACUAGUGUGUGUACAUGAUAGAGGAAAGACACUUUGGGGCAUGGAAAUAUUUCCAUUUCAAACUUACAGUAAGUUCUGAAACAGUGAGCUCAACUUUUAAAAAAGUGAACCUUAAAGUGACCUGUUAAUGUUGCAAACAGCAUUUUCAUUUAUCAUGCAGCGGUAAACAUUCACUCUAGGCUGUAAUGUGUGAUAGAUUUUGAGCACUGAAUUUGUCACUUUAAGAAAGGUUAGGCCAUUUAAAUUUUAGUUAUGUAAUUCUAUUAACUUUACUAUACACUUGCAGGGAAAUACUGGAACAUCUAUUAAGUAAAAUUAAUCCCCACAUUAUUACUUGAAUGAAACCAUAAUUAGAUUAGUCAAAUUAUAUAAACAUCUUUUGAAGGGAACUAGAAACAAAUUUAACAAGUAGCUUAUAAGCUUUAUAUUACCCUUUUAAUUGCAAAAUGUAUCAACUCAAAAAACAAAUGCAGACACUUUGAAUAUAGAAUGUAGAACAUGUAGUAGAAAAUAUCUUGUACUGAAACAAGGCCACUAAAAAUCCCUGAGCAAAGAAUUUAUAGUGGCACAUUUGUGUCACUAUAGUUAAGGUUGCAUCUUGACUUUUGUUUAAAGGUCAGCCUUUCUAAAUCCUUUAAAAUCAAUAUGUUUAGUUGGAUUCCUCUGAAAUUUGGUGUGCCUUGGGCGGUGAAAGGCAUGGUUAUUGAUGUGGAGAUAUAAGCCCCAGAAAAAGUUACCAUUUUGAAAAAUGGUAUUUUGGGGGGUUUUUUGCACAGAGCUAGGGCUCAAACUGUUGAUGUGGGUCAAAAUAGUCUGAGUUUUACACAAGCUAGUGCCUGGCACCCACUAAGUCUUAGGGGAGCCCAAAAUGAGUGGUAUUUAAGAAUGUAUAUUUAUAGUGCAAAUGCACUGACACAGAAAAUCAUUUCUGCCAUUUUAUAUGCUUUAUAGCUCAAUUCUUGAAAGUGCUCUAAAAUUAGAAAUGUUAUUCAAAUGGCUUUGAAAUUUGGUGUGCUCAUGGGGGCACAGGGUAGUGUUAGUGAUCAUAACUUGGAGUCAUUUGACCAAGGGGUUCUUGAGUUACAGACCUCCCCCCCCAAAAAUAACUUUCCUUUUGCUGCCUUAUACUGUUAAACUGAGUGGUACUAAUGACUGGAUAACUCACAGACCUCAUUAAGAUUGAUGGCUGUGCUCUCACCCUUCAAUUAACAUAGCCAAGGAUAAGUAAAUCACAAGCCCCCACCUAAGACAAAAAAGAGGUUGCUACAAUUUCUGAGUCAUGGGUGGCAGGUUUGUUGGG